UCCCUCCGCCGCUUUUUUAUCUUUUUCUGCAGACCUGUUCGAAUUAAUUAGAACUGCAAAAGAUUCAACUUUACACAAAUAAAAAAAGUCCUCUUUCUAAUUUCCUAUCACCUUCUCUCCAUUAGCCCGCUUCAACGUCGUGAUCUACGCGUGACAGAGAGAAGGACCUCUCUCUGAAACUUUCAAUCUCGGGGCUUGCUGUUUCGAUCUUGCUCUUGUUUUGGCAAAGUUGGGGGAGUUUUACUUCAUCAGUUCCCAACUGUUUUGGUUCUUGGAGAGAUUACCCAUCUGGUACCAUAAUUGUAUCACAGUUCAGAGCUCGGCAUCAGCUUUUAUAUAUUAAUCAGUCUCAUUAGCUUCGUAUUGCUAUCGGCAUGUCCAAAAUGACUUCGUCUAAGGUUUAUACGCAACGCUCAGGUGAACCUAGUCUUUCUAGAUCCAACCCUUUUGAUUCAGAUUCAGAAACCAAGCUGAAUUCUAAACCUCCAAGGACUUCUUCUGCACCCGUAUUAAGCCAAGGAAAUCAAGGAAAUUGGGUUCCAUCGUCUUCUUAUUCUGCUGCUAGAAACAAGUAUAAGAAUGAUUUCCGUGACUCCGGGGGUUUGGAGAAUCAAUCAGUCCAAGAACUAGAAGGCUAUGCUGUAUAUAAGGCCGAUGAGACUACACAGAAGGUAAAUGGUUGCUUGAGAAUUGCUGAAGAAAUUAGAGAGGAUGCGUCUAGGACUCUUGUUAACUUGCAUCAGCAGGGAGAGCAAAUCACACGCACGCAUGUCACAGCUGCCAAUAUUGAUCAGGACCUUAGUAGGGGGGAGAAGCUUUUGGGAAGUCUUGGUGGACUCUUUUCAAAGACAUGGAAGCCUAAGAAAACUCGAGAGAUAAAAGGACCACUUUUAACUAGAGAUGAUUCUUAUAUAAGGAGGGAUAACCACAUGGAGCAGAGACAAAGGUUAGGUUUAUCUUCAAGUCCUACCAAGUCGAGAUCAAAUCCUCGACAGUAUCCUUCUGAAUCUUCAUCCGCACUAGACAAAGUUCAGGUAGAAAAGGCAAAACAAGAUGAUGCACUCUCAGAUCUGAGCAAUCUGUUGGGAGAUUUGAAGAACAUGGCUGUUGACAUGGGCUCUGAGAUUGAGAGGCAGAACAAGGCUCUGGACCAUUUGGAUGAUGAUGUAGGGGAGUUAAAUUUCAGAGUGAGGGGAGCAAACAUUCGAGGUCGUCGCUUGCUUGGAAAGUGAACUUUCAACAUUGAUAGAAGAGGAUGAUUUUAUUAAAUUCUUUCCUAAACUAUUUGACCAUUAUCAGGUCAUGUAUUUCAAGUUUCACGUCAUUUGCUUCAAUUGAAUAAUAUCAUCACCUCUUGUAUUGAAAUUCGAAAUACAGUAAACUUGACUAUAUCUGUUGUAUUCUUGCCU